AUGACUGAACUAGCUUCGAGCUACGCACAAUCCAGCAACUAUGUACGAAAACCGGACCACACUUUGAAGAAAAAAAAGCAAGUUCCUCCCCCCAAAUAUUUGUGUGUUCCCGGUUUAUUGGCACUUUUGGAUAGGAUUUCAGUUAUUGAUAAAUCUAACUCAUUAUGCAGUGAAAUCAAAUGCUUAUUUCAAAACAAUGAUAUAGAUAUCGAAGUUGAAAGACUGCAAGCGCUCCAGAAUGAUCCCGACCCUAGCGUCGUCCAGUUAGAAAGUGAAUCUAAAGCCAAAUCUUUGAAAAUUGGAAAAUCUCGUCGUCUAUUAAGGAAAGAACUGAAACACGAAUGGUUAAAAGUUUCGGAUUGCCGUGUUUUCUGGUCUCACAUAUUGCUGGGUUCAAAUGAGAUUAUUCGAUGUUUAGAGAGUUCUGCGUGCAAUAAAAGUGAAAAUAGCCAGGAAACUCAAGGAAGGAGGAUAUCAUGCGUUUUCGUUGAUUCUGGUUGGCUGGCAUCACAUUAUGGUCACCAUUUGGCGAACUUGUGUACUCUGUUGGAUAUUAGAUUAGUGGCAAUCAAACCGACAGGAUCACUACCUGAGUUAGUUACAACUAAGUUUAAACCUGUAAAAAAGCUGGCAGUUUUGGGGUUUUGCCUAUCUAAUGAGAUUCCAUCAGAUCUCUCUGACAUUUGUAAACAAAUUGAGAUCAAGUUUCCUACACUUGGUGAUACCACUAGUAGCAUUGCAGCUCCAAUGGACAUUAAAAAACGCGAGACUUCAUAUAAAAUGGCUAUUAAUUGUUCAAAAGCCUCUUCAUUAGUCGAAAAAAAAGAAAGUUGGGAGGAUGUUCAAAUUAGUUCAAAAUUAUAUGAUUAUAGUUCACCACCCCAUAAAUUUACUAUCACUGAAUUUCAGUCAUACCUAUCUUCUCUCAUUCUUCAGUCAUUUGAAAGUGAAAUUGUUCAUGGUAUGCUUGAUAGUGACAAUCAAUCUAACUUUGAAUACAGUUAUGGCUUUUGUGCGUAUAAACCACCUGUGUUAAAACGGGUUGUCGCUCGAACAGAACGUAAAACUCGAAAGCGAAAAACGUUUGCAUCUGCCAAUUUUCAGCCAAAAACUCCAGUAGAAAAAAAGACAAACAAUGAUACAUGCUAUGAGGUAAAACAAGAGGAGGUGCUACCUAUAGUUUGA